UCCGCUGUGUGUUUUCCACAACCCACCACUGUGAUAAUCUACAUAUUGAGAGGGAAUUUUCAGUUGAACUUGUCUGGAUCAGCAACACCUCCUUCACCGCCAGCAAUGUCAGUGUCAGCCAGAGCGUCAGGGUCCACCGAUGGAGGCAUACCAACUUCGCCUUUGUUUUCACCGAAUCGUAGCAACAUACGUCCGCAUUUGUCCAGAAUGUAUCGUCCUGGAAUGCGUAGCUUAGAUUCUGGCCUAGACCUCAGCUCUCCCACCAUUGGACAUCAUGCUCUGUUCAUCAAAGAGCAUGAAAGUUCUGAGACCUCUGAAAUGCUACGAAACUAUAAGCUGGCGAUAUGUUUGGCCAAGGAGAUUGCGCCAGGCGCCAAGCGGUCCCCACAAAAUCGCUCAACUGGUGAGUUGUGGGACAACAACGAAGCUGACGCGACCUUGGCUAUCGACUGGGUUCAUUGGUUUUCCUAA